UUCUGCAUUUCUGAAGGAAAUAGUUGAAGAAAGAAAAUAGUUGUUGCGCCAAGAAAAGCUAUUUUUGUCCAUUGCUUUUGCGUUGUUUAGUUUUCAUAUCCAAAAUAAAACUUUUUGAAAUAAUCCGUAAUGGAGAAUGUUUUUUAAAUUCAAUAAAAAACAUCUAUAAAUCAAACUGUUCCGAAAUUGAGCCUCCAUGGAGGAUAAUUGGGAUUUAUAUAAAAAAACGAACGCGAAUAUCAAUGACGAAGAUGAUUAUUUUUGCAAUUCAAACAAAAAUAACGAAUUGAAAUGGUGGUCAAUACCCGAGCCAAUAUUAUUCCGAAUUUACUGGAUGUUGCCAAUAAACGACUUGUUGAAUGCGGGGUCUACUUGUAAACGUUGGUUCACCUUAUCUAAUGAUGAACUUAUGUGGAAGCAGAAAUUCUUACUCCAUUAUAAAGUGGAUCCUACAAUAAGACUCAAACCAGGAGCUGCAUCGUGGAAAAGUGAAUAUAAGCGUUUAAACUGGAACAUACCUUUUGUCCAAGCGCAGCGCCUCGAAGGUCAUACACAUCAAGUUCUUCAUGUUAGCUUUUCACACAAUGGGGAGAUGUUUGCCACUUGUUCAAAAGAUGGUUAUGUAAUCGUCUGGAAUUCGAGUCAUCCAUGCACAGAGAAGUAUUCGCACAACAUGAAGCAGUUCAGCUGGAAAUAUACUCAGUAUUCCCAAUUUAAUCAAAGUGAUACACUUCUUCUCGUAUCUGGUGUUCAUUUCGGAUCUCCAAUUAGUACAUCUGGGGAGAUCGCAGUCUUCACUGUGGACGGAAAAGAAGGAUCCCGUUUACGUUGUCGUGUAGUAAAUCGCCCAUAUGAUAUAUUUGGUACAUGGUUCAGUGACCAGUACCUAAUAACUGGAGACUUACAUUGGCUGGCACAUUUGUUAAGUUAUUCUGAACUGUGGUUAAAUAAAGCCAAUCAGGAAAUCGACUCGGAGCAUGUACCAAUUAUGAACAAGUUAUACAAGUUUUAUAACAGAAAUGCUAGUUCAGUGCGGGCUUUGAUGGUAGCCAAGUGUCCGUGGUUAGAUGAUUCAAAUGACCCUUUGGCUGAGGAAUUGAAAAUGAGUAGCUCAAAGCAGUCUUUCGAUGAACUUCCUGUUAUAAAUAAAUCCGGACCAACACCAACAGCUUCUGCAGGAAAUCCGCUUUCACAUGCCGCCACAUUACGAAGGUCACAACGUAGUGCUACACCCGACUAUCUACCAGACAUACUUCAACAAAGUUCGUCGUCUUCAACGAGUACUAUUGCUUCAGUAGGAAAUGUAUGUCAAAACGACUCUACCAUUCGUUAUUUAGAUGAAUAUCGUCGUGAAUACCCUACCGAGAAUGAAGAUGGGAAUUCAUCGGAAGAAUCUGAUGAUAGCAUGGAUUGUACCGAUGACUACGAGGAUGAAAUGGAAAGCUCCGUACCCAAGUACUUAAUAUUCUCAACAGGCUCAAAAACCUAUACACCACACCAAAUUGGAAUUAAGCGUAUACGAAAUGUAACAUUUCCAAAAAAACUUGAUCCCGGACUCUCACUAAAAGAAAGAAUUGCUGCAAAAAAGGCGGCCGAAAAAGAGAAUCAAUUACGAGCUGAUCCAGAUUGGUGGAAUUUCGAUUCUGUUGCUCAUUUAUUUGACAAGGUAGACAAAGUAAUAGACUUACAUGGACACAUUAUUGGUAUGGCGUUGAGUCCAGAUCACCGUUAUUUAUAUGUCAAUACCAGACCGUGGCCAAAAAAUUAUGUGAUAACUAAUGCGCUGGAACCACCUCCAAUUGCGCAGGAAAUCGAUAUUCAUGUUAUUGAUUUAAUGACCUUGAAACGCGUGGGUAACAUGUUACGUGCCCAUAAAGCUUAUACUCCAAGCACAGAGUGCUUUUUCAUAUUUCUUGACGUAUGCGAAGACUAUGUCGGAAGUGGCGCGGAAGAUAUGCAUGCAUACCUUUGGGAUCGAUAUUAUGGUAUAUGCCUUUCGAAAUAUAGGCAUGCUGAUGUGGUAAAUAGUGUUGCAUUCAAUUCACGGGACUCGCAGAUGCUCGUAACAACCAGUGAUGACUACACCAUUAAGAUUUGGCGUUCUCGAGCAAAGGCAAAAGAAUUUAACAUCGAAUCAACCAAUAAAAAUGAUGCCUUUGAAUUAAAGAAACGGUUUGUAUAACAGCCACUGGGAAAGUUGUAUCGCUGUGACGUUAUGUUUAGAUAUAUGAAUUCUAAAGGAAUAACAAUUCCUUUAGUACAUGAAAAUGCUUUUGGACAUUUAAGAGAAGAAGUUAAAAUAUAGUGGAACAGAGAUAAGAAAAACAUUUUAAAAAUUUUCACAUAGUAAAAUUUUCGAAGAUAUGUAAAUAUAUUCCUAUUAUAUAAAUAUUUUGAAAUUUGGAACGGAAAUUAUGAACAAACUUGUUGAUAUAUUUGUCGAUUUUAUUUAUCUUAAAAUAUUUGGGUUAAAAAAUAUUGCACAACAUAUGCUAUUGGUUUAUAAAUUAAAGGACUUUACCUAAUAAGUUUGUAAUAGGUUAUGAAAAGAUGUUAAAAUGGUAGUUCAUUGGCUCCAAAUACCAAUAUUACCGAUGUGCAAAUAAACCAAUAAAAGAAUAUCAGA